UGUUUUUGUUUUGUUUAUGUCCUCACAUGCACAAACCUUUACAUGGUGAAAAUGACACUUUUAUCUCAUUAUUGGUCACCAAAUUUCUUUGCAAAUUACAACAAAGGUUGUUGGCAGUUUAUAAACUUAGAGACUAAGUUAACAAAAUAAAGUAUAUAAGUCAAAUACACAUCUAUAUAAUAAGGGAAGAAGGUUUUUGAAAAUGUAUAAAAUGUAUGUGAGAUACAUUUUAAUUUAAUGGCUGAGAUUAAUCCCAAAUUUAUAUCAAUGGUUGAGAUCAGUUUUUUUCCCAUGCAAACGCUCUCAGCUCUCUCUCUCUCCCACCUACCCACGUCUCUUCCCCAUUCCUUCUUUAUCUCUCCCACUUUCUGUUCUCACAUGUCCCCAUUCCCUUUUUGUCUCUCCCCCUUUCGAAAUCGGACCCUUGGCUGAAGAAUGUUUGAGUUCAUCUAUGGUAUGCACAACAGCGAGCACAACAAUCCACCGAUUGGCAUAAACCUCCGAACUGUGAAUCACCCAGAAUCCAUUAGAUUCGGAGAAGAAACUCGAAUCAGGUCAGAGCGUUUCACGGCCAUUGCGGUCGCGACCAUACUGAAUCCUCUAGAUUUGAUCAAAAGCGUUUGAUUCGGAAACAUGCACUUGGACACAGAACCACCGUAUUGGCAAAGGAAAUCGAACCAGAAUCCAUUAGAUUCAGAGAAGAAACUCGAAUCAGGAAGUUAACCAACCAUGACAUGUCUUGGUACAACAUUAAUAUAUGGAGAUUCUGUUCAGAGCUCUGUUGGCAUGUCAAAUAUUCGAAGAAUCAUAGGAGUUUGUCCCCAGUUUGAUAUUCUUUGGGAUGCAUUGUCUGGUGAAGAGCACCUCCAUCUCUUUGCAAGUAUUAAGGGUUUGCCCCUUUCUUCAAUUGAAUCAGUGGCACAGGAAUCAUUAGCAGAGGUGAGACUCACUGAAUCAGCCAAAAUAAGAGCUGGUAGUUACAGUGGAGGAAUGAAACGCCGCCGUAGUGUUGCGAUUGCCCUAAUUGAUGAUCCGAAGUUAGUCAUAUUGGAUGAACUGGUAUACAGAUAAGAGAAUCUUUGUUUUUCAUUAAAUUUAUUCACUUCAUCUGCUCACAAGAAAUUUUAUCAUUUUUCAGUGCACCAAGGAUAAUUAUUGUUCAAUUGCCAAAAGUUAAAAUAAUUAGCAUUUUUGGCAAUAAAAUUUUCUAUUUUCCUCAUAAUUAUUUGAAUUUUUUCUUAUUGUUAACAAUUUUCCCAAACACAAAAAUCAAAAGUACAACAGUAGAUAUGAUCAAUAUAUAAAUUUUUUUGAUUUAUCACCGACUGACUUUUUUAUAAAUAAUUGAAAAUUGAACCGAGAUGUACCUCUUGUGCUUUGAUUCUUUGGUAGAUCUUUGAUUCUUUUAAUGAAUUUAUAAUUGGAGACAAUUCUUUUGUGGUCUUUUGGUUACUUCCUAUGUUAUGACUUGGUCAUGGCUGGUGUUUAUGAUUAGUUGAUUAGUAGUGUUUAUGACUUGGUCAUGGCUGGGGUUUAAAAUGAUAUAGAAGCUUAUUUUUUAGACUUACUUUUUAGAUGCAAUGAUGUGUGGAAGAGAUGAUUGGUGAUGAUUAGACACUACUAUCAGGAUUAUUAUUUUGUUGGUUAUGACCUAUGGUGAUCUUGGUUACAAUCGAAAAUGACUUUGGAUAUAUUUUCGUGGCAUUUGGUUGUGACAUUUUUUUUGAAGUUAUGAUUGAAAAUGAUUUAGUUAUGACAUUUAUGUAAUUAAUAUAAAAAAUGUACAUAUUGUAAGGCUCUGUAUUCUAGAAUGACCCCAUUGAAGUACACUAAUAUUGUAGAUGGUUCAAAUGUCAAAGAUUGUUGGUUCAGAUAUUGUGUAAUUGUGCACAUAAUGUAAUUUUAGAGAGGUUCAGUUGUACUGUGAUGAUGUGCGUGGGCUGGUUUAUGUGUUUUUGGUUAGGGUUUGUUUAGGUUAGAAUGUGUGGUGGUUUGGAGGGUUGGUCCCUUGUGGGUAAUUGUAAUUUAGUCAAAUUGUCAAUUGUAAACCAGUAUAAAGCUCAAGGGUUGGUGGUGGCUACAUGUUGUGGCUUUAAAUCUCAGAUGUGGGUUCGUGGAUUUUGUUUCAGUGUUGCAGCAGAGUAAAGAUUCCUGAUUCCUCUGUGCUAGCUGGAGAGGAUGAAUUUUAGCGGCCUGAUCAUUUGAAGGAAUAAAUUCAUGCAUUGCAAAAAAGAAUUUUUUUUCCGUCAUGUUGAUGCAGAAGAGAGGAGACAGUACUUUCUUAUGUGGUGAACUCAUAAUUUUUUUUUGCUAUUUCUUUGAUGCUGCGUAUUUUUUUAGCUAAUGUGACAGAUUUUGAAUUGCAUUGGUUCUAACUUUUGGGUUGAGCAUGUCUAAUUUAAAUCUUGAUUCUUCAUGUA